GACGAGCUUCGCGGAGCGAGACCAACUCUGAAAGCUCGCAGUCCGGCAUCCGCUGGGGGCAGCCCACUGCUCUUUUCUGGCUGCUGGAGUAAUCCGGGUUCCCCACGUGCUUCCGCUUGGCUGCUGGCUGGGAUCCGCUGGGCUCGGGGCGCAGCGGUAAUCGUUCACCAUGCAUCGAAAGAAAGUAGAUAACCGAAUCCGGAUUCUCAUUGAAAAUGGAGUCGCUGAACGACAAAGGUCUUUGUUUGUUGUAGUUGGAGACCGAGGAAAGGAUCAGGUGGUCAUACUCCAUCACAUGUUGUCCAAAGCGAAGGUGAAGGCUCGGCCUUCAGUGCUGUGGUGUUACAAGAAAGAGCUGGGCUUUAGCAGUCACCGGAAGAAAAGAAUGCGACAGCUCCAGAAAAAAAUAAAGAACGGGACACUGAACAUAAAGCAAGAUGACCCCUUCGAACUGUUCGUGGCGGCUACAAAUAUUCGCUACUGCUACUACAACGAGACCCACAAGAUCCUGGGCAACACAUUCGGCAUGUGUGUCCUCCAGGAUUUUGAAGCUUUAACUCCAAACUUGCUGGCCAGAACUGUGGAAACGGUGGAAGGUGGCGGGCUGGUGGUCAUCCUCCUACGGACCAUGAAUUCACUGAAGCAGUUGUACACGAUGAGCAUGGAUGUGCAUUCAAGAUACAGGACCGAGGCCCAUCAGGAUGUGGUGGGAAGAUUUAAUGAGAGAUUUAUCCUCUCUCUGGCCUCUUGUAAGAAGUGUCUCGUCAUCGAUGACCAGCUCAGCAUCCUGCCCAUCUCGUCGCACGCUGCCAGCAUUGAGGCCCUACCUCCCCGGACCCCGGAGGAGAGUCUUGGUGCUUCUGACCUAGAGCUGAAGGAGUUGAAGGAGAGCCUACAGGACACCCAGCCGGUGGGCGUGUUGGUGGAUUGCUGCAGGACCCUUGACCAGGCCAAAGCUGUCUUGAAGUUCAUCGAGGGCAUCUCUGAAAAGACCCUGAGGAGUACUGUCGCGCUUACAGCUGCCCGAGGAAGGGGGAAGUCUGCAGCUCUGGGAUUGGCUAUUGCUGGGGCAGUGGCUUUUGGGUACUCCAAUAUCUUUGUUACCUCCCCAAGCCCUGAUAACCUCCACACUCUGUUUGAAUUUGUCUUCAAAGGAUUUGACGCUCUGCAGUAUCAGGAGCACCUGGAUUAUGAGAUCAUUCAGUCUCUCAAUCCUGAAUUUAACAAAGCCGUGAUCAGAGUGAAUGUAUUCCGAGAACACAGGCAGACCAUUCAGUAUAUACACCCUGCAGAUGCUGUGAAACUGGGUCAGGCCGAGCUUGUUGUGAUUGAUGAAGCCGCUGCCAUCCCCCUGCCCCUGGUGAAAAGCCUCCUGGGCCCCUACCUUGUGUUCAUGGCAUCCACCAUCAACGGCUAUGAGGGCACCGGCCGGUCCCUGUCCCUCAAGCUGAUCCAGCAGCUCCGUCAGCAGAGCGCCCAGAGCCAGAUCAGCACCACCGCAGAGAACAAGGCCACAGCGACAGCCAGACUGGCCUCAGCGCGAACCCUGCAUGAGGUCUCCCUGCAGGAGUCCAUCCGAUAUGCCCCCGGAGACGCCGUGGAGAAGUGGCUGAACGACCUGCUGUGCCUGGAUUGCCUCAACAUCACCCGGAUAGUCUCGGGCUGCCCCCUGCCCGAGGCCUGCGAGCUCUACUAUGUUAAUAGAGAUACCCUCUUUUGCUACCACAAGGCCUCUGAAGUUUUCCUGCAAAGGCUUAUGGCCCUCUAUGUGGCUUCUCACUACAAGAACUCUCCCAAUGAUCUCCAGAUGCUUUCCGAUGCACCUGCUCACCAUCUCUUCUGCCUCCUGCCCCCAGUGCCCCCCACCCAGAAUGCCCUGCCGGAAGUGCUUGCUGUCAUCCAGGUGUGCCUUGAGGGGGAGAUCUCUCGCCAGUCCAUCUUGAACAGCCUGUCUCGAGGCAAGAAGGCUUCGGGGGACCUGAUUCCGUGGACGGUGUCCGAACAGUUCCAAGACCCAGACUUCGGCGGCCUCUCCGGUGGAAGGGUUGUUCGCAUUGCUGUUCACCCGGAUUAUCAGGGGAUGGGCUACGGCAGCCGAGCUCUGCAGCUGCUGCAGAUGUACUUCGAAGGCAGGUUCCCUUGCCUGGAGGAAAAGGUCCUGGAGAAGUCACAAGAAAUUCACACGGUCAGCAGCGAGGCCGUCAGCUUGUUGGAAGAGGUCGUCACUCCUCGGAAGGACCUGCCUCCCUUACUCCUCAAACUGAACGAGAGGCCUGCCGAGCACUUGGACUACCUGGGUGUGUCCUACGGCUUGACCCCCCGGCUCCUCAAGUUCUGGAAACGAGCUGGGUUUGUUCCUGUUUAUCUGAGACAGACCCCGAAUGACCUGACCGGGGAGCACUCAUGCAUCAUGCUGAAGACGCUAACUGAUGAGGAGGAGGCUGACCGGGGAGCCUGGCUCCCGGCCUUUUGGAAAGACUUCCGAAGGCGGUUCCUAGCCCUGCUGUCCUACCAGUUCAGCACCUUCUCUCCCCCGCUGGCUCUGAACAUCAUCCAGAACAAGAACGUCGAGAAGCCAGCACAGCCAGCGCUGCGCCGGGAGGAGCUGGAUGCCCUCUUCCUCUCCUAUGACCUGAAGAGGCUAGAGAUGUACUCCCGGAACAUGGUGGACUAUCAUCUCAUCAUGGACCUGAUCCCGGCCAUCUCCCGGAUGUAUUUCCUCAACCAGCUGGGGGACCUGUCCCUGUCGGCAGCCCAGUCGGCUCUUCUCUUGGGAAUUGGCCUCCAGCACAAGUCUGUGGACCAGCUGGAAAAGGAGAUCGAGCUGCCUGCAGGCCAGCUGAUGGGACUUUUCAACCGGAUCAUCCGAAAAGUUGUGAAGCUGUUCAGCGAGGUGCAGGAACGGGCCAUCGAGGAGCAGAUGGCGGCAGUGAAGGACGUGGUUAUGGAGCCCACUGUGCGGACCCUCAGUGAUGACCUGGAUGAGGCAGCAAAGGAAUUCCAGGAGAAACACAAGAAAGAAGUGGGGAAGCUGAAGAACAUGGACCUCUCCCAGUACAUAAUCCGUGGGGAUGAUGAAGAAUGGAAUGAAGUUUUGAACAAAGCUGGGCAGAAUGCCUCCAUCGUCAGCCUGAAGAGUGACAAGAAAAGGAAGCUGGAAGCCAAACAGGAACCCAAACAGAACAAAAAGUUGAAGAAAAACAGAGACCCAAAGAACAAAAAGGAUUGGAAACUGAAGCAGAAGAAAUAGGAAGAACGUGGGCACCUGCGGCUGCCGUGGGAGGAGAGCGCCCUGACUCUCUGGCUGGACCGGGCGGCGGCCUGGAUUGUUAAAGGCAGCAGGAGCCUCCACCGGCCCUGGAGACCAGCCAGGAAUUCAGUCUGUGGCCUGAGCUUGGCUUAAGGCGACAUCCCUUCCUGCUGGUCCACCCAAAACUCGAUGGUUAGGCAAAGCUCCGGCACUGCCAAGGACUGGUCUCCCUCCCGCACUCCAGGUCUCUUUUCCCCUAUAAGUUCCUGUUUUGCUCUGGGCCCAGCUGUGUUAGCUCCUUCUCACACGUGUCGACACCGCACUGACUCUCAUCCCCUCUGAGGCAUUAAGCACACAGCUUUUCGGUGAUGCUCGGGACGCUGCCAGUGGAGCCCUGGGCCUCUCGCCGUGGCCUUAUCCAGACACCCCAAGGCCUAGAGCAGCAGGAGCGCUGCCUGACCAGGUGGCUGUGGCAGGUCACUGUUCUGUGCCCUGGGCUUUGCCGUAAACUGUUCCACUCCUGCCUCUGCAGGACCCGUGUCCCAGAAAAGCCUGAGGUCUUAAUUUAAGAAGAAUCUGGCCUUGAGUCCCCCAGGUUGAUUAUUUCAUCUAUUUGGGAAAAAACUUAGGGCAAGACUCUUUCGCUAGCCAGGGGGAGGGAGGGAUAGAGAAUCUAUUUUUUAAUAAAUAACAAGCUGGAAAGAC